AGGAAAGAAGAGAUUUUGGACUUGAGGUUCACACUCUUGCACUUAUCUUUCAAACAAAAUAUCAAACAGUUUCUGUGUCCAUGGAAUUCUUGAGCAUGAAUGCUUCACCAUCUCCAUUCCCAAUCCUCGCUCCAAUCUCCACCGUUCAACUAUCAUGCCGCGCGGCCUCCGUCAUCCCUUCCCCACCUCCCACCUUCAACUUCAAGAAGGAGAUUCUCGAAAUUUCCACCGCCGCAAUCGCCGAAUCCCACCCACAGCUACUCGAUUUGGCCAAAAAUGGCACCUUGGUCCUCGUCACGAAACCCCAAUACGGCGCCGUUCCGCCCUGGCGAAGCGAGUUUGUCGAGCCCGACGCAAUUUGGAUAAUUGGGACUACCCACGUUUCCCAGGAAUCAGCAUCUGAUGUUGAAAGGGUUAUUCGAGCCGUUAGCCCUCAAAACGUCGUCGUUGAGCUCUGCAGAAGCAGAGCUGGGAUCAUGUAUGUUCCAGAUAAUGGUGAUCAGAAUCAGCAGCUACGAUCGAGCAUGUUCUCUCUCACCGGGACUGGAUUCUUUGGCGCCAUUGGCCGGAGCAUCAACUUAGGUGGGCAAACUGCUUUAGCACUACGGUUGCUCUUGGCUACGUUCUCUUCCAAAUUAUCUUCAGAUAUUAAUCGUCCCUUUGGUAAUGAGUUUCGUGCUGCAAGAAAGGUUGCUGAAGAAAUUGGGGCUCAGUUAGUCUUGGGGGAUCGUCCUAUCGAGAUAACUCUUGAAAGGGCAUGGAAUUCUCUGAAAUGGAAGGAAAAACUAAGUCUCGUCUCCACUAUUCUUCGUGGAAUGACAUCAUCCGUUAAGCCGGUGGAGGAAGCUACCGGUGGUGACAGCAGCUUUCAGCUGUACGAGCAGCUGAGUUUAUCAUACCCGUCGCUGCUGCCUCCUCUCAUACACGAGCGAGAUACAUUUCUGGCGUGGUCCCUGAAAAGAAGCAAAGCCGUGAAUAAGAGUGUGAACGUGGUUGGAGUGAUCGGUAAGGGGCACAUGAAUGGAGUCAUAUACUCACUGGUGUCGGACACAGGGAACUUGCGCUUCAGGGACCUCGCUGGGAAGAAAGAGCGCGGUGGGUGGGCUGCUUCCGUUGCACGAGACUUGGUUCGAGACACGGUAAUUGGUGGUGUGCUAUGGCUAAUAUAUGAGCACUUCAAGCCAGUUUUUUAGAACCAUGAUGUUCAUAUCCUUUAUCUAAGUUUGGCUUCAUAAUAAAGGCCAGCAUAUAUAAGUUUGUGGUUUUUAUUUGUCAAGAUCUAUCAACAAUGUUAUUUUUAUUUAUAUUGAUGAUAAGAAAGAAUUUAAAGUUAGUAAAAAAUUCCUUGUUAUUAUGAGUAGUAUAGUAGCACAAUUGGAGAUAUUUGAAUAUGA